GCGGAGGGGUACCGCGGUACCACGCCAUCCUCCCAAGUAUAAAUACCAAAUCCGAAUCAUUAAAAUUUAUCACAGUCGUUCCUCUUGUACGGUCAACGAGAAGUAAAAAAUAUUUAAGCAAAAUGAUGAAAUUGAUUGUCUUAUCUGCUCUUAUAGUUACUACGGUGCUAGCUCAAAGAGGUGGUGGAGACCCAAAACAAGCCCAAAUAAUCAGAUCCGAAUCCGACAUUCAACCAGAAGGCAGCUACCAAUUUGCCUACGAAACCGACAACGGCAUUUCCGCUCAAGAGCAAGGGAACAUCCAACCGCAAGGGCCCGAACAAGCCCUCAAAUCCGUCCAGGGACAAUUCCAGUUUUUGACUCCGGAAAACGAGCAAAUUCAAAUUUCUUACGUGGCCGACGAGAACGGUUAUCAGCCGACCGGAAACGCUCUGCCAACUCCGCCACCGAUUCCGAUUGCCAUUCAAAAAGCUCUGGAAUAUAUCGCCGCUCAUCCAGAAAAAGCCGAACCACAACAACAACCUGGAAGGAGAUUCUAAGAAUGUGUGUUAAAUAUUUUUGUUUGUUGUAAAUAGUUCAGUUGAUUAAAUAAAAUGUGUCUUAUUAAAGUA